ACACAACUCAAUACUUUACAGUGACAAAUAAAAAACUGAAAAAUUCUCUGCGGGAAAUGUGGUAGAAAACCUUGAAAGGAUAACUGUUGACAUCGUACUACAUAUUAUAAAUUCAAAUUUGAAUAUUAAUAUUGUACAAGGUCAUGUGCUCUAUUUUGUAAAGUUUUGUUUUAACAAUGUUAGCUUCUAAAAUAAUAAAAAAACAUAUGACUAGUUAUUAACGUUUAACGUUUUUUACAAAAUAGUGAUGUUUGUCAAAAUAUUAUGGGUCGUUUUCGGAAAGAUUAAAAAUUUAGUUUGCGUCACCAAAAUCGUAUGUUAAUAGUUUCUUGAAAUCGAAUAAAAUAUUUGCAUAUAUGCAAAUACGUUUCUUCACAACACAUUUUUUUUAUUAAUUAAUGGGGGACAAUAAAAUUUUGAUAUAAACUGGUACGUUGUUAGAGAACUAAUAAAUAAACACAUAUUCUUCGUGAAAUUUCAAUAGUUUGCUGUCAUUGGCUAAGUGUAGGAACAUUUCAGUGUUAUAUCGGUGGUUUGUUGAUAUUGCCAAAAUCUUUUUAAAUACAGAGCAAGUACGAUAAACUUGAAAUACGCGACGUUGCAUAUCAUUAAUACUUCACAAUGGAGAAUACGACAUCCAACUAUAAGGAAAAUUCACAAUUUCAUUUCUCAAUUCCCGACUAUUGUGUUUUCGGAGCACUGUUGCUGUUCUCUACGGCAAUCGGAAUCUAUUUUGGUUACAUAAAGAAGAAGCCUGUUAAACCAAGCAGUGAUGAGGAUCCAAAAGACCAGAACUCACCGGGCUACAGUCCUGAAGGAAUGAAUGAGUAUAUGUUAGGAUCCAGACAAAUGAAAAUAUUUCCAGUAGCAAUGAGUCUAGUUGCCAGCUACAUUUCCGGCGCAAUGAUGCUGGGCACACCACCGGAAAUCUACAAUUAUGGCACCCAGUAUUGGUUAAUUAUUGUAGCGAUAUUUUUUAUGGCAAUUGCGGUGUCAAAACUUUAUAUACCAGUUUUUUUGACAUUUAAAGUUACUACCUCUUAUGAGUAUUUGGAAAUACGUUUCGACUCACGCGUACGGACUAUUGCCUCCUUGUUGUUUAUUUUGGAGACGUUAAUGUACGCGCCAAUAGUUUUAUAUGUGCCUGCCUUAGCAUUUAAUCAAGUCACUGGUAUUAAUGUGUACAUCAUAAGCAGCGUCGUGAGUGUGAUUGUAGUGAUCUACACAAUAUUGGGUGGUAUUAAGGCCGUUGUCCACACUGAUAUAUGGCAAACAUUUAUUAUGUUUAUUGGACUAAUAGUUGUUGUCAUAAUUGGAACGAUAUAUGCAGGCGGACCUGGACCAGUAUUUCAGCAUGCUGCCGAACGUGGGCGCAUUAUUUUCGCCAAUAUAAACCCAUCAUUAUAUGAAAGGCAGUCAUUAUGGGCUGUAUUGAUUGGUGGCUUUUUCUAUUGGGCCGGCUUUUGUGGCGUAAAUCAGACAAUGGUUCAACGUUACGUGUCCUUACCGACAUUGAAGAGUGCACAGCAAGCGAUGAUCAUCUUUACGAUAUGUGCUAUAAUAUUCCUCUCGUUUUGCUGUUUUGCGGGUUUAUUGAUAUUUAACUACUAUCGCAAUUGUGAUCCGCUAAGAGCUGGAUUCAUCUCGAACAACGAUCAAUUACUACCGUUCUACGUAAUGCAAACUCUUGGCCAUCUACAUGGCAUACCGGGUAUUGUCAUUGCCGCCAUCUUUGGUGCGGCGUUAAGUUCCAUGUCGGUUGUAUUCAAUAGCAUAAGUUUGGUGGUGCUCGAGGAUAUUUUGCGUGGCAGUUUUAAAUUGAAACUCGGCGAACGCGCUUCAACAGUAGUUGUUAAAUUCACAAUCAUUAUCGAGGGUAUACUUUCUGUUGCGUUCAUUUAUAUACUCGAACAGUUAAGUGGCAUUUUGAGUAUUGUGAUUUCGCUAGUUGCCGUUGGCAACGGUACCAUAUUUGGUAUAUUCACACUCGGCAUGUUGGUACCGUGGACCACUACGAAAGGCGCUUUAACUGGUGCCAUUGCGGGCGCUAUUAUGUCCGGUUGGGCAUCUUUUGGCGCACAAGCAGCUAGAGCUAACGGUCAACUUGGUUCGCAUGCUUUAGAAGUUUCCGUAGCGGAAUGCCCAGUUAAUUCAACAUUACCAGCACCCGGUUAUCUUGAUGAAUCGGAGGUAUUCCCAUUAUAUCGUUUAUCUUAUCAUUGGAUAACUGUGAUUGGCGUUGUGACAACAUUGCUAGUUGGCACAGUGACAUCUUUUCUCUGCGGACCAAAGGAUUUGAAAACAUUGAACGCAGAUGAAAUAUCACCAGUAAUGCAUAGAUUUUUACCGAAGGAAUGUUUCAAUGCUACGCCUAAUGCAAGUCCUUAUCUAUCACGUGCGAAUUCUGCGCGAACAUCAACUCAUCUUUUGACUAGGUUGAAACAGCCGAGUGCUCCGAAAAAAUACUAAAAUCUUAAGAUUAAAUAAAGUAUGUGAAAUGUGUUUUUUCUUUUAUCGAAAUCGUAUGUUGGUUUAAAAAUGAAAAUUAAAUGAAAUGUAGUAAAAAAAAUAUAAUGUAAAUGUAAAUUCUGUGAAAUUCACUCAACGAUUUUUUCUAAUUGUCUACAUGUAAUCAAUGAACAUAGACUUCCGAUUUUAUUAAAUGUAUAAU